AUGCACUUGGUCAUUCCUUUCCUUCUAGGCCUGAGCUGGCUCGCCAAAGCUGCCUACAUUCCUGUCCUGAGCACCAAUAGCACCGGGCUCGCUUCUCGGGAUGUUGGCGGGUUCCGCUCUGUGGCAUACUUUGUCAACUGGGCUAUCUAUGGUCGCAACUUCCAACCCCAGGACCUUCCUGCCGAGCGCCUGACGCAUGUGCUUUACGCAUUUGCCAACAUCCGCCCCGGUACUGGAGAGGUCUAUCUGUCCGACACCUGGGCCGACACUGAUAAGCACUAUCCUUCUGAUUCCUGGAAUGAUUCCGGAAACAAUGUCUAUGGCUGUAUCAAGCAGCUGUUCUUACUCAAGAAGAGAAACAAUAAGCUCAAGGUUCUUCUGUCGAUUGGAGGCUGGACCUAUUCCCCCAGCUUUGCCCCUGCCUUCGACAGUGAGGGUGGACGGCAGAGGUUUGCGGACUCUGCUACAGAGCUGGUGAAGAACCUGGGCCUUGAUGGAAUUGAUGUUGAUUAUGAGUAUCCUGCGAAUGAUGACCAGGCGGACAAGUUUGUCGAUGCACUUCGACGACUGCGCGGGUCUUUGGACUCUUACAGUGCAGCGAACGCUGGCGGCUAUCACUUCCUGCUGACUGUCGCCUCCCCAGCUGGCCCUCAGCACUACCGCCAAGAGCAUCUGAACCAGAUGGAUCAGUACCUCGACUUCUGGAACCUCAUGGCCUACGACUACUCCGGUAGCUGGGAUACAGUUGCUGGCCACAAUGCCAACCUCCAUGGCUCCAAUGACAACCCUGCGAGCACCCCCUUCAACACGGACCAAGCAAUUGACUACUACUUCUCGCAGGGAGUUGCCCCACACAAGAUCGUGCUGGGUAUGCCCCUGUACGGCCGGGCAUUUGCCAACACCGACGGCCCCGGAAGACCUUACAAUGGCGUUGGAGCAGGUACCUGGGAGAAUGGCGUGUGGGAUUACAAGGGCUUGCCCCUCCCCGGCUGUGGAGUCACUGUCCUGGAUCAGGCUGGUGCAAGCUACUGCUACAACCCAGGUAGUCGCCUAUUUGUCAGCUAUGACACUCCCGAGAUUGCGCGUCAGAAAGCGCAGUACAUUCAGUCCCGAGGUCUGGGUGGUGGUAUGUGGUGGGAGAGCAGCAGUGACAAGGGCGGUGGAGACAGUUUGAUUACAACUGUUGUCGAUACCUUCGGAGGCGUCGGUGCUUUGGAUCAGAGUGGCAAUCAGCUGCACUAUCCUGGCUCCAAGUACGAUAACCUGAGAAACGGGUUCGCUUAG